AUGACUUUGCCUUUUUAUGUCACUUUUAGUUUGAAGCGCUCUUUAUGUUGCCUUUUUAGUCACUUAAAUUCAAGGACGCCGCCACUGCAUCUUGCCAUUCUAAAGUCGUCUUUUCAUCAAAACACAUGGAAGCAACCCUUAAGGAAGCAUAUAUGUACAGCAGGUGGGAUUAUCAAGUGUUGCUGUUUGAAUAGGAAACCUCAGUAUUCAGCCAAGUUCUUUCAUUCAAAAGGGUCCUGUUUGUUAAUGAACUCUGAUACUCCAGCAUUGAAGCCAAGUGAAAUAACACAAAUUGAGUAUGAGACUCAUGUUGAAGAAACCCUGGAUUCCCUUACAGAAUAUUUUGAAGAUCUUCCUGAUACACAGCCAUGCAAUGAAGAUUAUGAUUGUUCAUAUGGGAAUGGUGUGUUGACUGUGCAGAUUGGAAAUAAGGCAGGCACUUAUGUGAUAAACAAGCAAAGUCCCAAUAAACAGAUCUGGUUGUCAUCCCCUGUCAGUGGACCAAAGCGUUAUGACUAUUACUGUGGUCAGUGGGUUUAUCUCAGAGAUGGCAAAGGUCUCCACAAACUGCUGGAAGAAGAAAUCAGCCAGCUGGUGGGAUUCAAAAUUGAUUUAAAGAAAUGCAAAAACUACUCUGAGGGAAUAUCAGAAAGAAAGUAA